AUGUCACCAAAAUAUUAUUUCUUGUUGGUUAUCGCUUUGGUUUUUUUCAUUUCAACUACAGUGGCUAGUCCAGUGCUAGGUAUACAAAAAGGCAUUACAGCUGAUGAUACUUGUAAAACAGAAAAAGCCAAAG